GUGGGGUGGGUCAAGCUUCACUAUCAAAUACUGAAUCGGAAAAAUCAGUCUGGCCAGUCAUGCCCUCGCAGCCCCUUGGAGAAGUACCAUCACAAAGCGACAGACUGAAUCAAUGGUUCAGCCCAGGGGGGUCUGCCCCGCUGCAGGUUACUGGCGAGCAGCUUCUGGUAUCAUAGACAGUCACAGAAUGCCUUAUUUCACAAGACUCAUUUUGUUCUUGUUUUGCCUGGCGGCUCUUGUGGAGAGCAGAAAGCCCAAGAGGAGGAGAUGGACAGGGCAGCUGGAAAUGCCCAAGCCAAGUCACUUAUAUAAGAAGAACCUCGACGUGACCAAAAUCCACAAGGGAAAACCUCAGCCACUUCUUAGAGUGGAGGACCAUGAUUUCUCCAUGAGACCUGCCUUUGGAGGCCCUGCUAUCCCGGUGGGUGUGGACGUGCAGGUGGAGAGCCUGGAUAGCAUCUCGGAAGUGGACAUGGACUUCACCAUGACCCUGUACCUGCGGCAUUACUGGAAGGAUGAGAGGCUGGCUUUUCCCAGCACCAACAACAAGAGCAUGACCUUUGAUGGCCGGCUGGUAAAGAAGAUCUGGGUCCCCGAUGUCUUCUUUGUUCAUUCCAAAAGGUCAUUCACCCAUGACACCACCACUGACAACAUCAUGCUGAGAGUGUUUCCAGAUGGGCACGUGCUGUACAGCAUGAGGAUUACAGUCACUGCCAUGUGCAACAUGGACUUCAGCCACUUUCCCCUGGACUCCCAGACCUGUUCUUUGGAGCUGGAAAGCUAUGCAUAUACAGAUGAAGAUCUGAUGCUGUAUUGGAAGAAUGGGGAUGAAUCCCUGAAAACAGAUGAGAAGAUCUCCCUGUCUCAGUUUCUGAUUCAGAAAUUUCACACCACUUCCAGACUGGCCUUCUACAGCAGCACUGGCUGGUACAACCGUCUAUACAUUAACUUCACGUUGCGACGCCACAUCUUCUUCUUCUUGCUCCAAACCUAUUUCCCUGCCACCCUGAUGGUCAUGCUGUCCUGGGUGUCCUUCUGGAUCGACCGCAGAGCUGUGCCCGCCAGAGUUUCACUGGGUAUCACCACCGUGCUGACCAUGUCCACCAUCAUCACGGGCGUGAACGCCUCCAUGCCCCGCGUGUCCUACAUCAAGGCGGUGGACAUCUACCUCUGGGUCAGCUUUGUGUUCGUGUUCCUCUCGGUGCUGGAGUAUGCAGCUGUCAACUACCUGACCACGGUGCAGGAGCGGAAGGAGCGGAAGCUCCGGGAAAAGUUCCCCUGCACGUGUGGAAUGCUUCCCUCAAGAACCAUGAUGCUGGAUGGAAGCUACACUGAGUCUGAGGCCAACAGCCUGGCUGGGUACCCACGAAGCCAUAUUCUGACAGAAGAAGAAAGACAAGACAAAAUAGUGGUCCAUCUGGCUGUGAGCAAUGAAUCCAACUCCUCUAGGAAGAAGGGGCUUCUGAAGGGCCAGAUGGGUCUUCGCAUCUUCCAGAACACCCAUGCCAUUGACAAGUACUCCAGGUUGAUAUUUCCUGCCUCCUACAUAUUUUUCAACUUAAUUUAUUGGUCAGUGUUUUCCUAGAAGCCCUGAGACUAUGCUUGGGAAAGGACAUAGACAUCUAUGGGGCCUGGCCAGCCGUCUGCACAUGGACCUGCUGACCACUCUUCCCUCACCAGACGGAGCAGCUGUCCCUGGACCACCAGAUCCUGGACCACGAUGGCAGUACCCCCUCUCAGAGGAGCCCAGGAGCCCUUUCCCUGACCUCAUGGGUUUGCUCCUCAUUAAUGGUGUGUUCUGUGUCCUAUUUCAUGCCUCAUUGGGACUGUCUUCUUCUGUUCUUGUGUGUAAACAAGAGCACAAGAGGCCCCCCCCCCCCUAUAAAAAUGACUCAAAUGCCUCCUAGAUAUUCUGAUACCCUAAGGAAGCCCAGGAUUCAGUUGUGAAGGGACAAGGAAGAAUAAAGGGCAAGCUUAGGGGCUUUAUGGAUAAGAGACAGGAAAUAGGAUUCAAAAUAGGAAUUAAAAAAUAUGUAAACCCGUACAACUAGAUUAAGUGCCUACCUAGGAAGGAAAAAAAAAAAAAAAGCUCAGAUCCCUGAUUGGAAAUGAUUUGACCUGUGUGAGUCUGGCAACUCACAGGAUUUUGCAAUCCAUUCAAUCAUUUGUUAAAUAUUGAGCCCCCACCUUGUGCCAGGUACUGUGAAAACGAAUAGAAGUCUCUUUUCUCAGAGAACUUCUCUAAGCUUGCAGUCAUUCUACAUAUGGCAGAGGGUACUUCUGCCCUUCUUUUUCUCCCAGCCCCCACUUAGCCCAUGGAUCUGUUCUGUUUGCUGGUGCUUUUACUUCUAUGUCUGUCUAGAAAAGCACUUUCUGUCUCCUGUGAGGCCCUCCUAAGGCCAGCUUAAUACUUCUUUCUUGGAAUCUCCAUUCAGGGCAAGUAUAGUAUUGGGGAGAAGGCCAGGGAUUUGAGAAUGGGUGAUAACAGAACUUGGUCUUGGAGAGGAAGGAGCCAUGAGUCUGCUGUGGAAAUGUGUUCCACAUGCCAUCCUACCUCCCUUACUGGGCUUCUCCCCCAGCAGACAGAUGACCUCAACAAUUCCUGUGUCCACCCCUGCCCCCACCCCAAGGGUGGGCAGAACUGCCCCUGCACCCUGGAAUGAUUUCUCCUUUCCACAAGGAAUUGACUUUCCUCUAAUGUGGCUAAGCUCAAAUUAGGAAAGCAAUAUGAUUUAUUGAAGCUAUAGUAAGUUGUGAAUGACCAUUCCUCUUAAUCCUAUUUUAAGAGUUUUCUAGUUAACUCAAGUGAACCUCUAAUUAGCAGUAUUUAUGGAAAUAUAAAGGAUAUGAUUUUGAGAAGGGGGCCUUUUCUUUAAAUCACAGCACUUGGAAUCAGAGGGCUGAUCUAGGGAGUAGGGAGGGAAUGCCCAGCUCAGAUUUCUUGCUUAAUAAAAGAAGUUGUUCUGCUCUGUCCCCUACCUGCUGCCCCUUCUACCUUCCUGCUCAGGGUCUGAGCAUCUAGUCCUUUGGUCACAAGUAUACAAAUGGUACAGGAAGAGAGUAUAACCCUGCCUUAAAUCAAGUGAGCUCUGGCCUGUGGAGUCUGCUUUGCAGCUCCUGACUUCCAGGGGCAGAGCUUUUUAGUUCCUGAAGAUUAGAGCACAGGUAGGUACCAGAGCCUCCUGAAGUUUCAAGUCAAGGGCCCGUACAUCCCUGAUCUGCUCACUUCUCCCGCACCACAACCGCCAUACAGUUGCCCUAUGCAUCUCCGCUUCUCUGGUCCUUCCUUUCGUCAGUUACCCACCCAUUUCCUCUGUUUCCAUACCCAUUCCUGUGUGAUCCUGGUCCCAGACACCCCUUUGCUUCGCCACUCCACUGUCCCUGUUGAGACCCAGACUCACCAUCUCUGGCCACCAAGCCUACCAGUCCAGAGGCUGUGUGAUCAGGACUGGGAUUUGAGGAGUUAAACUCUCAACAGGACAGCCUCCAGGCAAUAAUAUGGCAUAGAUUACCUUGGGCAACUGCGAGUUUGGGAGGUUCCCAAGACCACUCUCAGGUUUAAUAAUUCACUGGAAGGACUUUCAGAACUCAGAGGAACCAUUAUACUCACAGUUAUGCUUGGAUGUGGCAAAAGGAUACAGAUUAAAAUCAGUGAAGGAAAGCAGCAUUUAGGGCAGGGAGCAGGAGAGACCAGGCACAAUUUUUAACUAUUCUCUGUCAGUGAAAUCAUGCAGUUAGUGCUUAUUUCUCUCAGCAAUGAUGUUUGACAAUAUGUACCAAGUAUUGCCAACCAAGAAAAUGUACCCAAGUCCAUCAAGGUGUGCAGAGUUUUUAUUAGGGGCUGGCCAAUGUAGAUACAGCUAACUGCCCACCUGGCUGACCUUAGUCUCGAACCUUUUCAGAGGUUGAGCUGACAACUCUUAUCCUUAGGCCUCCAUCAUAAAUCACACUGUUAGUAUAGACUAUCUGCCUUGACCCAAGGCUCCAAGGUAAAGACUCUCCUAUUGGGCAGUAUAUCCCAAGGGCUUAGAAAUUACCUCCAAGGAGCUGAGGCUGACCCAAACCCUUUCUUUUGUCAAGGCUAAUCCUUUACUGCACAGCAAUCUUUGUAAAUUACUUAUUGUUAAUGCUGAUCGUUGGGUUGCUAUUAUAGAUUCAUGCAACGAACAUUUUAAACAUGCCUUGCACUGGGAUGUUCAAAUUAAGAACAAGUGUUAGUUGCAGCUGUCAGAGAGGGUAUACAUAUAUAGAGGACAGUGUACACAAAUAUCUACAAGUUAAAAAGUGUUAAGUGCUACAGUAGUGGUUCAAAGUGUAAUGGGAGGGAGUGCAGAGGAAGGAGAGAAUGAUUUCUACUGGGAACACUGGAUCUCAUGGACAAAACACCCCUGAGCUGCCCCUUGAAGGUUGGAGAUUUGGAGAUGAACAUGCUAGACGCACAUCGCACAUGUAGAAAAGUACGUACUGGAUCUGUGCCGUCCAAUAUGGUAGCCACUAGCCAUGUAGCUAUUUAAAUUUAAGUUAAAUUAAAAGUACGGUUCUUGCCACUGCACUAGGCACAUUUUCCAAGUGCUCUUCUCAAUUGCCGCACGUGGAUAGUGCAGACCUAGAGAAUGUUUCCGCAAUCACAGAAAGUCCUGUUAGAUAGUGCUGCUGUGGAUGAAGGGGUCAGCCUGAGCAGGGGCAUGAGAGCGGCAGGAAAGUCUAGGGCUGCACAGUGUAAGGUUUGUGGGACAAGUCAUCUGUUUUUGCUGGGUCCUAGGCUAUGGGAAGAGGAGGUGAAAGACCAGCACUUUCCACAACACUAGGGUCAUGGCAGGCUUCCCCCAUGCCAGUGCCAACAAGGACAGCGCCCCCUCCCUGGAGUUGUCUGGCCCAGAACCACUGGGUUUCCUAGCCUCAUGGACAGAUAAAAGAUGAAACUAUGAAAAACAAGGAUUGUGGGAUGAUACAGGGCAUCUGGACUUGUUUAGAAAUUUUUAGUCUCUGUAGAUUCUGGUAGGCCACAGUGCUACUCAAAGAAUAAUUAUGUUGUCAUUAAAUAGAUUGCUGUAGUUGUCUUAUUUAAUUCCAAUACUGCUCUGCUUCUAUGUUGUCUUCAUAAAUUGAGGCUCAUAUAACAUGGUAGCCUGUUCACACUCAAAAAAAUAAAGAUGUAUUUUAACUAGCUUA